AUGGGUAGAGCUGAAGUAGCAGUUAAGGAACUUGCUGAAGAAAACAUUAAACUAGAAGACGAUCUCAAGGAGGCUACACGCGAAUUUCGUCAGCAAUUUUUCGACAUGGAAGCUGAAUUGCACGGAGUUAGAUUAAAAAAUAAGGGAUUGAUUAAAAGAAACCACAAACUAGGAAGGGAUCUGCACAAGGAUAAAGAACAACAUUGUAAGCAAGUUCGUGACAUGGAAGUUGAACUACUUACAUUUGGCUCCGAGAAUAAGAAUUUGGCUGAAAGAAACUACAAAUUAAAAGAGAAGUUCAACAAGACUACAGGGCAAUUACUUGAAGCACGAUUUGAAACGGAGAAUUUGGCUAGAAGAAACAAAAAGAUGAGGAGUUCAAAGAGCAAUAUUGCAAACAGGCAGUAUCAUCAGCAGUUUCUUAAUAUGGAAGCUGAGUUACUUGUAGGUAGAUCAGAAAACAAGAAAAUAGAAGACGAUCUCAAAAAGCAAUACUGUAAGCAGAUUCAUGACAUGGAAGCUGAAUUGCUUAGGGCUAGAUCUCAAAGUAAAGAAUUAGCUGAAAGAAGCAACAAACUAGAGGAGCUCCACAAAGCUCAAGAAAAAGAACAUUGUUCAACUGAAAGAAAUCAUGAACAAACAAGAAACAAGCUGCAGGAGUGGUGUACAACAUUAGCUGCAAUGAAAGAGGAAUGUGAUCAAGUAUGCAAGCAACAAGGGUAUGCAGUAGAAGCUCCACAACUUUCCAAAAAAAGGAAGUAUGUUCUUAAGGUUUAUGAGAUUAAUGAAUGUGUGAAUUGCCCAAUUUGCUUUGAGCCAUGGGCUCAAUCUGGAGAGCAUAACGUCUGUUCGCUUUCUUGUGGCCAUUUUUUUGGCGGAUCAUGCAUAACACAAUGGAUUAAAAAGAGUGGAUCUCGGAGUUCCUCUAAGUGCCCCCUUCGUUCAAAAAAAGCCACACUAAAAGAAAUAAGAAAUCACUGUGUAUCAGAAACCUAUGCUGGGGAUGAGGAGAUUUAA